AUGGAUCAUAUCCGAGUUGAUCCGGGGGGAUUCCAAAUCUCAGGGAUGCCUCCCCAAUUAAUGCACCAGCCGCCCCAGAUCUUUGGGGGCUAUAGUCACGAAGGUCUACCGGUAUUGCCACCGGAACUUGCGGCCCAGAUGGGAUUCGACCCGUCGGCCUUACUCGACGAUGCGAACGAGGCAAAGAGGAGGAGAAUAGCGAGGGCAUGUGAUAUGUGCCGGAAAAAGAAGAUCAAGUGCGAUGGAAAGCUUCCCGCUUGCACGCAUUGCAUCAAUUAUAAAACGGAUUGUGUCUUCACACAGGUUGAAAAGAAGAGAAAUCCUCCGAAAGGUGCGAAGUAUAUCGAGGGCCUGGAGAACCGUUUGGGUCGCAUGGAAAGCUUGUUGCGACUCUCUGGACUUCUCGGCGACGAUGACGAAUCGACCGAUCUUGCAACUUUGGAAAAACGCCUAACACAAAAACACCAGCUGUCGAGACAGCCCUCGCAAGCAGCUACCUCGAAUCCCACAUCGCCCUCGCAAGCGACAUCCGGACACGAUGGCGCCGUAUCAACACCGCAAAGUUCUCUUACCUCACCAGAGCCGAGUAGAGAUAGGGAGUUUAAAAAGGACAACUCUCCACAGCCAGAGAAGGUGAAAGAGGAGCAGGAAGUGGAAGCCCUAUCGGAGAUGAUGUGUUCACUGGUAACGAAUCAAUCUGGGGAGACCAGAUAUAUAGGGUCUUCCUCGGGGUUCUCCAUAUUCUCACCGAAGGGAAUCCAGUGGGUAAACGAGAAGACGGGAGACACAUCAUUUCAACAGAUGAUUUCUGAAGUAUCCAUCGACGACCACAAGUGGAAUCACUGGAAGCCCGAGAUCUUCGGGGACCUCUUUCACCGACCGAUUUACCGGCAACUGCCGCCUAAACCAGAAGCGUUAUCUCUAUUGAAAGACUAUUUUGAUAACUUCAACUGCAUGUUCCCGCUGUUCCACCAACCAACUUUCAUGCACCUCGUUGAGCGGCAGUACUCCAACGAUCCUUACCAAGGUUCCGGAUGGUGGGCAAGCUUAAACGUCGCACUGGCCAUCGCACACCGUCUUCGUGUGAUGAGCAACUUGGUACCGCAGGAAGAGGACGAAAAGUCAUGGGCGUAUAUGAAGAACGCCAUGGGGGUUUUCUCCGAGCUGACGAUGCGCAACACCGACCUGCUAAGCGUCCAGGCGCUGCUUGGCAUGGCCUCUUUCAUGCAAGGAACACCGAAUCCGCAACCAUCGUUUCUACUCGUCGCAGCCGCCAUCAGAUUGUCACACAGCAUCGGGUUGCAUAAGCGCGGGGGUGGCUUUAACCUGAACCCAGUCGAGAUCGAGCAGCGAAAACGCGUGUUCUGGAUUGCUUACAUGCUGGAUAAGGAUCUGUGUCUCCGAUCCGGGCGACCCCCGGCGCAAGACGACGACGAUAUGAACGUCGAGCUUCCGGAUGCCGACCCCGCGGACAACAUCGGCAACAUUCCUCUCGCGGACGGGAAGGGCAAGAUGAAUCUAUUCCGCGCCAUGUGCGAGUUAACCGUGAUAGAAAGCAAGAUCUAUAAGCGGCUCUAUUCUACGAAAGCGACCAAGUUGUCCGAGGGCGAGCUACUGCAGACCAUCGGCGAACUCGACAAGGAGCUCGAGUCGUGGAAGGACAACAUCCCGAUCGAUUUCCGUCCAGAGCACGAAAUAAGGGCAUCUCACACCCCGCUCAUCCUCCACAUCGUCAUGCUGCACUUCUCCUAUUACAACGCUCUCACCACCAUUCAUCGGAUGUCUGUCCACCACGGUUACUGGACAAGUCGACUGUCGAAUUACGCGAUCCAAGGUCUGAACGCGAGGCCCUUGAAUCCUCGAGUAUUCGCAUCCGCUGCGCUAUGCGCCUCGGCUGCAAGGGCAAGCAUCCAGCUACUGAAAUAUAUACCUCAGGGGGAUUUCUCAUGUGUAUGGCUUAUCCUCUACUUCCCCGUAUCAGCUCUCGUCACCCUCUUCGGCAACAUCCUGCAGAACCCCCUCGACCCACGCGCCAAGUCCGACACCAAGCUAAUGAACCUCGUCGUCACCUUCCUGUCCACGCUGGGACAGGAGGCGGAGACGGGGGGCGUGCACCGCAUGCUGGGCGUGUGCUCCGAGUUCGAGCGCAUCGCCAAGAUCGUGAUCGACAAGUCGGAGCGGGACACGUCGAAGCGGAAGCGCAAGAGCCACGAGCACUACAACAAUAAGUCCUCCGUCAACAACAGCAACAGCAACAGCCACGCCUCCCCCUCACAGUACUCGUCCACGCACACCCCGCGCCCGACCUCCUCCUCCGCCGCGACCCCGACGCCCGGCUACGCGAACUCGACCAUGUCGUCGCAGCUCUCGCCCAAGUUCAACGGGGAGCAGAACCGCGCGAACAACGCCGCGAACGGCGGGUACAGUCCCAUGGACACGACCAACCACAACAACAACAACAACAACAACAAUGAUUCCUCCCGCGGAGACGGAAGAGGCGGAGAAAGCAACGACAACGGCUGGCCCCCCGCCACGUCCCAGCAGGAGUGGAACCCGGACGUGAUCAUGGACUUUGGGAACUUCUCGGACCUCACCGGGUUCGGGCAGUCGCCGCCGCCGAUGCCGCCCGCGAACGCCGUCGCGAACCCGGGGUACCAGCCGCUGCUGCCGCAGGAGCUGUGGCAGAUGAGCGGGGGGCUCGACUGGGACUGGGCGGACAUCACGGGGGGUGCGUAUCCGAGUUUUGAGAAUGGGGGGAAUAUGGAUAGGGGGUAG